AUGAAAAAAUCAACUAAACGAAAUAAUGAAACAAUUAGUUUACCACGAUUAAAUAAAAAAGAUCAUGAUUUACUUCACAUGUUAAAAUUACAUCGAUUUAAUGAUAAAUUUAUUUCAUAUAAACCAAAAACUAAAACAAAUACAUAUUUACAAAUACCUUUAUCUAUUGGAUAUAUACCUUAUUCUAAACAAUCAUCAUUUGAUGAUAGAAUUUGUAAUACAACUAAUUCUAUACUAAUCAAUGAUAAUAAUAAUGAAUUAGAAGAAAAAUUUUUAUUAAAUACAAUAAAUACAAAAUCAUCAAUAUCAUAUCAUAUAUAUAAAUAUUCACGACGUGAACAAAAAAAUUUUUAUGCAAGUAUUAAAAGAGCUCGAUUAAAAAAACAAUAUUCAUCAAUAAAAAAAUUUCAUAAAAAUUCAUUUAUAUUUAAUAAAGAAAAUUUUUUAAUAAAUUUACCAACAAAAAUAAAUUUACGUCAACAAUUAAAUACAAAUGCAAAUAAUUCAUAUCCAUUAAUAUUUGAUCCAAAUUUUCAUACAUUAGUUAAAAUAUCAACAAAUAAUUUAUUUCAUAAUUAUUUUUCUGAUAUAAAUAUUUAUUUUCAUUUAAUAAAUUCAAUAGCUAGUCAAGAAUUUCAAAUAAUUAUAAAUAGUAAUGAUAAUCAACAACAUAUAUCAUAUACAGCAUAUUCAUUUAUAAAUAUUCUUCGACAAACAAUGGCUGAUUAUUCAUUAAAUUUACAAAAAAAUUUUAAAAGAAAUUAUUUUCAAACAUUUCAACAUAAUGAUCAACAAAUUACAAUACCAUUUAAAAUUCGACGUUAUGAUCAAACAAUAUCAUCAUCAUCAUUAUCUAAUAUUCAAAUUGACAAUAAUGAUCAUCAUGCAGAAAUACAAAUAGAUAACAAUUUAUCAUCCAUACCAAUAAAUAACAAUUCUAUUGUUCAAAUUGAAAAUAAUGAAAUGAAUAAUUCAAUCGUACAUCCGGUACAACCUGAUUUAACUUUAAUACAACAUCAAUCAUCAAGAGAUCUAACAAGUAUACAACCAAUUCAAACUUCUUUUAUCCCAAUUGUUGAAGAACAAAAAACGAAUCGAAGUUCUAGUCCUAUUUUUUUAAAAAAACAAAAACUAGAACCAAUACAAAAUGAAAAUGAUCAAUCUAGUUUUCCUAUUGAUAGACCUCGUAUUCGUAUCAUAAAUGGAUCACAUGAUAAUAGAAAACAAUCAUCUUCUGGUAAAAAAAUUUACAAGUCAAAUAAUCAAAUUGAUGAAAAUUCAAUGAUAAAACCUAUACGAAUGAGUACACGUAAAAAUUCAAUAAAAACUGAAAUAAUCGCAGAUAUGAAUCCAUCUUUUGAAACAAAACCGAUUAUUUUAUCUUCUAAUGAAAUUUCAAAACAAUGGUUAACACAUACUGUUUUUUAUCGUUGUCAUGCUUGUUCACAUGAAGAAUUUUUUGUUGUUUUAUCACGUGAAUGUAUCAAUUUACAUAUAUCAUCAAAACAUGGUAAUAUGGAAGAAAAUUUUAAACAACGUUUAUCAAAUUUUCUUAAUAAUAAAGGACAUUCAUUAAAAAUUUUUCAACAUUAUUUAAAAUGGCAACAACCAUGGUCAGAAAAACAAAUUGAACAAAUAUUUAAAUUAUCGAACAAAUAA